AUGAACCCCUCAAAUACUGGUCUACAAGAGUGGGAAAAGCACUUUACUCCCCGGGUCAUCGAGGCUAGAGACUGGGAACCACAACGCGAAAACUUCACAAGAUUAUAUUCUACCAAUAAGUAUAACCUCAACGAUGUCAGGAGGAUAAUGGCAAGUCAAUACAAGUUCUAUGCGAGACCCAAGCAGUGUAAAACUGUCAUCGCCAAGUGGAGGCUUGGGAAGAAUCUCAAGCGUAUAAAGAUGUUGAAAAUCCUACGGAUUCAGGACGACAGAAACCUAGCAGGGAAAUCGACAAUCUUUCGAUUCAAAGGCCAACGAGUGAAAAAAGAAACGCUUAAGCGCGGCCGGAAGAGAUAUAAUGGAACAGGAGAGCUACCAGAAUGGCAUAAGCUACAGCCGCCAGUGUCUACCCCGUCAGAUGUCGAUUACUCCACUCCAAGGUCAUCCAAUAGUUCGGAUGACUCCAGCUCCGGGUCGGAGGGAGGUGCACCAAGUCCCACAGUUUACAGCAAACCGUCUUCUCCUAGAGAAAACACCAUCGAUGAUGCUUCUCUGGAUCAAUUAAAUAGUAUAGAAGAGUAUUGUUUGGACUGUUUGAUGGGUGGAUUUACGAGCCAUGGUACACUAUCCGCAGAAUCAAUACUCUUUGAGGUCUUUGGUGAUUUAUCGCCCAGUCAGAAUAGCGAUUAUCAAAUAAGUUCGAAUUGUACGAGUAGUUUCUGCCCUGCACGGUUUAGGAUCAAUCAUCCGGAAACCCACUAUUUUUCAACAAGUUUGUUUGUGGAGCAGAUCAGACCGGUUUAUGUUUAG